AUGAGUUCCGAAACAGAAAUUCCGCUAAGCUUCUUUGGAAACAAACUGCAACUUCUGUUGGGCCCUAUCUCGGGGAAGAUCGAGGAGUUUGCCCAAGAUGACUUUCCUCACAAAGUCAAUCUUAUCCAAAGUGCUCCGUGUGAUGGACAAGACAGAUGCUCCUUCUUACCCUCUGUCCGCGAAGCGGCUAGCUGUCAUAACAAACAGGACCUUAUCCAAAGAUGCUCGCCUAUCUUGGGACAUCAGGGUCUGAGAGAUGCGGUUGCGAAGAGCAUAUUAGGUGAAGAAAAUUCCUCAACUAGAGGAGCUCAGAUAUUGGAGCCUUCAAUCUGGUCUGCAAUCUUAUCGCCCGCUACCACUCGCCUCGAGGAAAAGUAUAUCUACCAGAGGCCAUGUCUUCGAAACUAUUUACAAGCAGCGUUGGACGCUGGACUCGACUGCGAGGUAUUUGACCGUUUUGAUACCAGCUGCAAACAAGUGGAUUUCGAUUCAUACAAGAAGAUGUUGAUCGCUACUGAGGCAGGCAGCGCCAUCUUGUUGUAUGCCUGCGGUGAUGAUGUGACUGGCAACGAUUUCUCAGAGGAAAAAUGGGUUGAGGUUGGAAGAAUAAUCAAAGAGAGGAACUUGUUUCCUAUUUUUAACGCGGCAUAUCUGGGCCUCGCCUUAGGACUUGUUGAUAAAGAUGCGUUUGCGGUCCGCUAUUUCAUUGAUGAGCUGAAGAUUGAGACGGCAGUAUGCGCAUCUUAUGACCAUUCCAUGGGGCUCUACGGAGUCGGCUGUUUGCUGGUGUACACAUCAUCAAAUACCAACGCAUCUGACUGCUCGGCUUUCCUCGAGCAAGUCCAACGGUCGCAGAUGUCGAGCCCGCCUCGUUAUGGUGCUAGUGUUGCACACCUUGUAUUGACAGAUUCCGAGCUCACUGAGAAAUGGGCGAAAGACCUUGAACACCUUGUUAUCUCAGACGAUAUCUCUAUGACUCGUUGCUGGAUCAAGAACUUCAUCAUCCGCCAGAAGGGGCUAUUUGGAUUUCUCGGGCUAUCGAGGGCGGCUGUCAAAGAGUUGAGAGAAACGUAUCAUAUUUACAUGGCUGACAAUUCUCGAAUUUCUUUGGCGGCACUGAACGAAGAGAAUGCCAUGUAUUUGGCAAUCGCUUUGGCGGAUUGUGUACGGAAUGAACUUCUGAACCAUUUCUAG